UAAUUCUUAAGACACUUAAAAUCGAGAAACAGUUGAGUAAACUGUCCUUCUUAACAUAGUAUUGCUGUUGAAAAUAUCGUCGUUGUAUCCAUGCAGAGCUGCGUGGUGUUGAUAGUCCUCUCCAUAUGCGCGGUCAGAGCACUGACCAAACAGAUAUCCAUCUUUGGUGUUUAUCCAUCUUUGGUCCCAAACCGUUUCCGCUAGUGCUGGUUGCACUGAAGCCAGCUAGCUACGUUAGCUCUCCCUCGUAAAGUAGUGCCAGGGGGACCAGUGAGCCAAGCCUCUGGGGGAUAUCACCCUAAAGGUGUGUGUGCUUUGUUGGCCUUCAUAACCGCAAACGUUUCUCAUCGGGGUGCAGCACAUGGCUCUCUGCACAGCGGACCACAGUCGGGAUAUUGACAUAGGAACCAGUGAUGGACGAGGUGGCUAACAGUAGCUCACGUUAACACUACACUACGAUAACGUGACUCCCGCGUUCAGUUUCAUUGUUUCUGCUCAAGCUGCUGGUGUUAUGUGGUUCUGUCAUGAAUAUGUGAACAGCUGUCAACAAUCCUGAAGGUUCAUCUGUCUGACCAGAACUUGAUGCCCGAGGUCAGGGGGCUGCAUCCACGGACAGUGUGAACAUACACAGCUUUCAAUGGGAUGCAGCAUCGACUGUAGAGGAUAUCUUAUUUGUCUUCAUCGGAACCAUUUGUAGCUUCAACGGGUGCAACAAUGAACGAAGAACCGCUGGAGACCCCGAUCCCUGACAGAUCACCUGUGGAAAAAGAUGUGGAGGGACAAGGCAAAGAGAGGAAAAGCAGCAAGGCAGAAACCACCUCUGAGGCAGCACCAACACCAGCACUGCUGCCUUUGGCCCCCUUAGAAGGUGUCAAAACAGAGGAAACCCCCAGCUCAAAUCCUGUUCAGAAAUCUCCAGGUGAAGCAGAGGAUGCUAAGGCCACUGGUGUUGAGCCUCCCGUUGACUGGUUUGAGCCACUUGAGGAUGAUGAUUAUGAUGAGGAAAGCCUGGCAGGAGAAAGUGAAAGGAGUGAAAGCGUGGCUGGCAGCGAGACGGUCGUCAAAAAAGUUUAUCAGUUUCAAGUGCCCCGCCGUAAGCGAUCACAUCCCGAUGAAGGAUGGGAUGAAUGGCCAAUACUUGGAGAAGGUUGGAAACGCAAAGAAGUUGUCCGGCGCUCAGGUUCUAGCAUUGGACAGAAGGACGUAUAUUACCUGAGUCCGCGGGGUGAUCGAGUGAGAAGCCGAGUAGAGCUGAUUUCUUUGAUGGAGGGACAGCGUGACUUGACAGCCUUUGAAUACAAGUCAGGAAAGUUCUACGAUGGCGAAGCACCACCCGUAAGAGUUCGUCACAGAGCAAAGAGAAAAGUCCGGGAGCGUUCUUCCUCAGAGUCCAGCUGGAUGGAGAGAGGAGAGGGGGCCGACACUCCAGACUCCCACCCCAUUCCCACCCCCAGCCCGGGGCCAAAAAACCUCCAAUCCAACCAAACAAGUCUCUCCUUGCACAGUACAAUAGGAACUCCUAACAAAAGCUCCCGCAUCGAGGAUCCACCUGCUGAAGAUAAAAUUAAACUUCCCGUUCCCUCAUCAUCCAGAGGGCUCCUGCUCCCCUCCAUAAAUGGAGAAGUUGGGUCAGAAGACAGCACACUGGUCUGUGCCAGAUGUGGAAUUUCCUUCACAGGCACAUGGUAUGACAAACAAAGGAAGAGGCCCUGCUGUCCCAACUGUUGGGCAGCCUCAAAGUCAAAAGAGCAUCCGAUGGUUCGUUUCAGAAAGUGGAUUCCCUGUGGUCAGUGCGUGGGAUGCCACAACACAUUGAAUUGUGGGCAGUGUGCCAACUGCAAGCAUGGACUGCAGAGCCCAGAUUCCAGGAAGCGCUUAUGUCGGAAACGCAAAUGUAUAUGUCCUAUUCGUAAGGGUCCUGGAAGUGGAAGCUUCCUGCCGCAGAAGCCUUAUAGUGACAUUCCUGACAUGUAUGAAGACAGCAUGAGUUUCCAGAGCGAAUUGGCAGAUUCACAGCACCCGAGUCUCAAAAGCAGCGACACAGAGAACUUCUCAGUCAACGUGGACGUGGACGUUGAUGAUGACGAUGACAUGUCAACCGAUGAUGAUGAUGAUUGGCAUAAGAAGCGGAAGAGGCGAUCCUGUGGAGAAUGUAAAGCCUGUCUCUGCAGAAAAGACUGCGGCACUUGUGAUUUCUGUGUAGACAAACCCAAGUUUGGAGGCAGCAACAAGAAGAGGCAGAAGUGUCGACUACGCCAGUGUCAGAGGCAGGCAAUGAGACACUUGCUGCCUUUCCAAAUGGGACAGAGUGACCUCGGGCCAGAUGGCCAGUUGCUUCCGGGCCGGCCCAGACCUCACUACACAUACAGCCGGAGGUCAGGUUUUAAGAAAAUCAGAGGACCACAAUAUGGCUUGGACUUUACCGACAAUGAAGAUGAUGACUGCAACUUAAAAGCAUUGAACUGGAACUCUGCACCGCCCAGUGGUAGCAGAUAUUUCCAUGGACUGGAUGUGAAGAACCAGCUACCAUCUGCGCAGCAGUUGAAUCCAUUGGAUAUCGGACUGCAGAAUGGGCUUCCUGACAGAGUUCCUCACAUCAGCAGCAACUACAACAACUCUGAACUAGACCAGCUAAGCAGAUGGGAUGCAGUGAAAUCGCAUUCAGGCAGAGAUGGUCGAAAGCAUGUCGAAGAAAUGGAGGAUGAUGAUGACGAUGACGACGACGACGAAGAAGAAGAAGAAGAAGAGGAGGAGGAGGAGGAAGAAGAGGAAGAGGAGGAGGAAGAAGAAGAAGAAGAAGAGGAAGAAGAAGAAGAGGAGGAGUUGCCCAUGAUCACACAGAUCUUCAGUUUGGCCGACAACCCGUCUGGGAGUGGUGCAGACAUAGAAAACCAGCUAAUGAAACUGCUGCAGUCUUUGCGCUCCUCUGCAAUGCCAAUCCUAUGGUAUGCCAUCAUGGUGGAGGGCCCGCAGCUGCAGCUCAUCCAGUGCUCCAAACAGUCCAGCCUGAGCGACACCAUAGUGCUGAUCGACCCGGGCUUCUGCUAUCAGGUCACCGUCCAGAAGCAGCCGCUGCUCCCCACCCACCCGCUGUACGACAGGUACCCAGCACGCUUAACCUCUGUGACUGAAGUGGUGGGUCUGCUCUUGGGCCUGGAGGAGUACGUCGUGUGCCAGGGACUUCCCCCCAAAGAGCCUUUAUCUAAAACAGACCCAAUCAUACUAGAGCGGGCAUCUACGUGUGAUUUCUUGGUUAAGAGGAAGGUGAGCAUCUGUUCUAACUGCAGAGCGCUGCAGGGACUUUAACUUCAGCAGAGACAGAAGAAGAUCUGUAACCACAGUGGAGACCACCGAUUCUCUGGUGCAACUUUGUGCUGUUUUCUUCUUUUGGUUUCUGUUGUUCUUGAUAAUAAUAUAAAUAUAUAUGACAUUUUACAGAUUUACCUCCGGACUGUAAUAGUAUGAUUUAAUUAUUUGAAGAUUCACCAAAGGCAUUCCAAGAGCUGUGACGUUAUAAUCCAGCCGUGUUUCUUCUACAGAUGUCUUCUGUUAUGUUGCUGUAGGGCUUUUCUUCAUGACUGUUAUGUGAGAUGUUGGGCAGUGUGACAGAUAGAGCUGAAAUCCUUUGGCUCUCUGUGUGGUAUGUAUCCCGUUGGUUGAUACACACUCUUACUUGAGGAAUCAAUGACCCUCACCGUUAUUACACUUUUGAAUAGUCGAUUAACCCCAAAUUUUGUCUCUCUCAACCCAAAAAUGAAGCCUAUUUUUUUGCAGUUAACCCUCUCAUCUUUCCACCAGCAACAUUGGACACUGUGUCAACAGUGUUGUCAUGUGUACCAUGCGUCUUUUGGACAAAAUAAGUUGUGUGUGCAUCUUGUCCUCCUUGUUCAUUUUUUUUUUAAAUAGUAAAUUAUAUUGUGAUCUCUACAUCAGUUGCAGUUACUUUCUUUAUGUUCACUUGAUUUUGUUGUUGUUGUUACAUUCACCACUUUCAAUGGUUCAUCAAGAUGUGCAACACUGGCACUAAAUGAUUUGGUAUACGUGCAAAUGCUGUUAGGGAAUUGAAAAAGAUACUGUGAAAUAUGCCCUGUAUACAAGACUCUAAUUUUAUUGCAUGGAUUACAGUGACAUUUUAUUUCACGCCCUGUGGAUUUUUAGCUUUUUAAAAUAUAUCACAGUGGAUGUAAAGAAACAGCAAAAAACAGCAAACGGUGGAAAUACAAAUAUCUACAAAUUGACAAAGUUAUACAAAUUUAUACCUGAAGCGAAAUCAUAAGAGGGGAACACAAUUAAAUAAACCCACAAUGUGUAGAAUAUAACAAGUCUAUCAUACCUAAAACAAAAUCACUGAAAAGCACAAAUUAAGCAGCAUACUAGAAUAAUCCAUGCUGCAGAAUGGUCAGUCAUGAUGACCGACAUGGCUCCCGUGGGGAGAACAACUGUUGCUUUAACAUUUUAACAUUGCAGCUUUAUGUCAGAGGGGCAAGGAGAAAGCCACUAUUUAUAAAACAAACUCAAGAUAUCUAAGAUAGUGAUUGCCAGAAGACAUGAAACCAAGUUAACAUAGGUUCUAUGGUCAGAUUAAAAACGUUAUUGUGUUGGAGUCCUCUAACAGUUGCACGACUUCAGAAGUCCCCAAAUAACCUAAGAGGGUGAGUUUUGCAAAGAACAAGUACCUCUACUCUGACUUGUCAUUAGUCAAUACUUCAGCAAUCCUUUUAUUUUUGUAUUGAAUUUAUUAUUAUUUAGAUAAGUUUGAUUUCAGAGAUAUUGUUUAUAUACAUUUUUCAGGUUCAGUAAAGCUAAUCUAUUCUGUUCUCACAUUAAAAAACUAAUGAACAUUUUACAACUAGCAAUCAUGUAAAACAGUUCAUUUAAUUAAUCUGUAAUACUGUGCAGUAAAAUAGGUUAAAAAAAAUAUUCAAAUUAUAAAAAAAAUACUCCUCCCUAACCCACGAAAAGAGAUCAGAAUCUUUUCCACAUUCAUCAUCAGUUUUGGGGCUGCGGCAGAUGCUUCUGCACACAAUAAGACAUCAGAUGGUUUUGAUUGGCAGAUUCAACAUCUGGAAUAUGGUGAAAUGUAACAAUACUGAGAUAAAUGUACUUCCUUUAGGAUAUUUUUUUUUGUAGGAUUUGUUUUUCCAGAAUGAUAUCCUCAAAUGAAACUGGUGUUGUAGCCAAGAGUCAACUAACAGAUGAAGACGUUAUGUAUUUAUUAGGAUAAUAGAAUUGUCUUAAACCUCUUUAAAACAAAUCCCUCCAUCUCUGUUAUCAACAAUGAUGAUUGAUAUUUAAUAUUGUAUUUUUUAAACAUUUUGAUUUGAUUUUGUUUAAACUGUGUAAUGAUUUAAUUAUGAUCCCAGCCCCCUUACUAUUGGGAUGUUUAUGAAGUAACUCAAUUACUUUAUUAAUGUGAAAGUUUAUGCACACUUCUCGUAUAUCAGAUUUAUUUUUGUUACCUUGGUUUCCUCAAGUAAUGGUGCAGAUAAA